UGGUUUUCCAUUAUUGAUCUCGUUUAUCCUAAAAUUGUCAUAUAAAUUAAGAUUCUAGUUUUCUUGUGCAGUUUCUUGGUGCUUUCUUGUGUUAUUUAUAUACACUCCUACUUGAAUGAAUGACAACAAGGAAGAAAUUAAAACUGUGAUGCCGAUUAUUCUUCUAAUAUUUUUCUUAUUCCUAUUCUCUAAUUUCAGAGCCGAAGAGCUAACGUUCGACGUAAGGCAACAUCUCUCCACUGUUACCAGGUAUGAUGCAUCGAAAGGUGGACGUAAUAGUAACCAUACUGUUCCUCCUCGUCCUGAUGGAUGUGUUCCCAUUCACUUAAAUCUUGUGGCAAGGCAUGGAACUCGUGCUCCGACCAAAAAACGGAUCGAAGAGUUAAACAGCUUGGAAAAUGAAUUAAAGAAGCUCUUAGGAGAUGAUGUAGGAAUUAUUGGCUUGUCUCUUCACCAAGUUCCUUCUUGGUUGAAGAAAUGGAAAUCUCCUUGGAGUGAAAAAGUAAAUGGUGGAGAAUUAAUUCUUGAAGGAGAGGAAGAACUGUAUGAUCUCGGAAUUCGAACAAAAAAAUUGUUUCCUGACUUAUUGAGUGAUGACUAUCACCCCAACGUAUAUACAAUCAAAGCAACUCAGAUUGAUCGAGCAUCGGCUAGUGCUGUGGCAUUUGGUAUGGGGCUAUUCAAUGGGAGUGGAAGCCUUGGUUCAGAUCGUCAUCGGGCUUUCUCGGUCGUUAGUGAGAGUCGUGCUAAUGAUACAAUGCUAAGGUUUUUUGAAUGUUGUCGAAGAUAUAAGAAAUACAAAAAGAAACAGAAACCUGAAGUGGAGAAGCUUAAGGAACCUGUACUCCAUGAUAUAACUAAGUCACUCACAAAACGUUAUGGUCUAAAUUUUACUCAGCAACACAUUUCAUCUCUUUGGUUUCUUUGUAAGCAGGAGGCAUCCUUAUUGAACAAAACAAAUCAAGCUUGUGGAUUGUUCAACCCUUCCGAGGUUGCUUUGUUGGAGUGGACAGACGAUAUAGAAGUGUUUAUGUUGAAGGGUUAUGGCAAUCCAUUAAAUUAUAGAAUGGGAGUUCAUUUAUUGAAAGAUGUUUUUGAAUCCAUGAAGAACGCUAUCAAAGCCAAACAAGAUCCUGGAAGGCUUUAUGAGAAGGCAAGACUUCGUUUCUCUCAUGCUGAAACUGUUAUUCCAUUCACAUGUUUGCUUGGGCUCUUCCGUGAAGGAGAAGGAUUCUAUAAACAAAUCCAAAAGAAGCAGCCUUUAGAACUUCCUCCUCGGCCUCCAGCUACUAGAAACUGGAAGGUAAGCAAUGUUUCACCUUUUGCUGGGAAUAACAUGUUGGUUCUCUAUAGCUGUCCUGUUGCUGAUUCAUCCGACGAGUACUUUGUUCAAGUCUUGCAUAAUGAAGAGCCCAUAGCAAUGCCGGGUUGUGAUGGGUCGUACUUUUGUCCCUUCAACAUAUUCAAGGACAAAAUUGUGGAUCCUUCUCUUAAGCAUGAUUUUAAGAAGUUGUGCACUCUAAACGAGGAACAACCAACACAGGUGCUUGAAUCAAGUAAGUUAUCAUUGUUCAAUUGGUUCUUCUGGCUUUUCAAUGAUGAUAAACAACCUCGAAAAGAUGAAUUGUAACGAAUGUUGCCUAGCUGCUUGCCUGUAUAAUCUCUGUUCUUUACAAUAUAUUGUUUGUUUUUCUUAUCACUAGUACAAACUUGGUAUUUAAUAUAGGUUAAAAACCGACAUUAUAAAUACAAUGUCGGUUCUAAGCUAAUAUUAUAGAUUAUCAAAAUUUUAAUGUCAAUUAUGUUGGAUGUUACUUAAAAACUUACCUUGUA